AUGCAGUUCUUCUCAACACUCCUCUCAAUCACGGCCCUGCUCCUCCCAUUGGUCUCAGCAGAUGCCUGCGUAGCUGGAGGUCCAGCGAAUCAAGUCACAUACGCCAAAGGCUGCUGUUUUUAUCAAUCUGGCACCUGGUACCAAUACUACGACAAUCAAGCCAUCUGCGUUCUCGCCGAAGGCAAAAGCCCGGCCUGGAAAAAAUGCGUCGGCAGCAUCCCGGCCUCGAAACUCGACACGACUUGUAUCCCAGGAGAUGGUGGGCCUGGCCUUGGAUAUCCUACGACGACGCUUAGCACAGUGACGGGCAGGAUUACUUUGACUGCUGUUGCUUAG